UAACUUUAAGUGGCGAGGAGUGCAAAUAGAUACUCAUAAAUCGCUUAACACCUUAAGAAGGAGCACAGACAAAACCAGAAAUAUCGUGAGACGUUUGCGUACAACAUAGAAGCUUAAAAAGAGUUUGCAGGUUGAAGACAUUUGAGGUCAUCUGAGUAGUAUGACUGCAAGUUCAUUUGACUGUUUUAACCAAACAAGCUGCAACCAUUCCACAGCUACUUCUCCAUCACAAGAAACACUUGAGUAUCUCCGUAUCAGUGAAAUAUUAAGUAAAGAGGUAGCGGUCGUCCUCUCUCUCAUUUGCGCCUUGAUAAGUGUGCUUGGAGCUUUGGGGAACUCUUUGAUACUCCUUGCUGUUGGCGCAAACACAAAUCUUCGCAGGGUUCCUGAUCUUUUCAUCACAAGUUUGGCGAUCUCAGACUUGUCUGUGUGCUUGGUGUAUCUACCCAUGGUGAUUCAUGACCUCAAUUACAAGUUUCAAAAUGAUAAAGAAUUCAGGAUCUUUGACAUCACCAAAAGCUUCUUCGGCCAUAUUUCCACGGUUGCAUCGGCAACUAACAUAUUUGCAAUGACAAUAGAUCGCGUUUGUGCGAUUAGAUUCCCUUUCCAAUACAUAGCCGUUCUGACAACAGAAAAAGCACUUUUAGGAAUAUCAUUUGUCUGGCUUGUUUCUCUUCUAUUUGCUGUCUUGUACGCUUCUCCUGUUUUGAUUCCCAGGUUCUAUGUCUCAAUCUACAUCUCCUCUCUACUUAUCACAACUACAAUCGUGUAUAUCUAUAUUUUCAUCACGGCCAAACGUCAAGAAAACAGAAUUCAUAACGUACAUUCGCGGUCUUGUAAUACCAUGAGAGAGAGAAAGGUGACUAAAACCAUCUUAACAGUGGUAGGAGUUUAUGCUUUAUGUUGGAUGCCUUUGCUUCUGCUUCCGCUCAUUUUACACCCUUCUGAGAACUUUGUUCUAUUCAAGAAAGCUUUUAGCUGUGUGCAGACGUUAGUAGCUUGUAAUUCAGCAGUCAAUCCACUUAUUUAUUGUAUGCGUAGCAGUAAAUACCGUAGAGAAUUCGCUAAAGUACUGCGUAUAGUUUAUUGUGGUGAAAGAAUUCAUUCUGUGUCAUAACGUCUGGGGAGGAUCAAACGAGAGGAAGGUGUUUCGCCGUAAGGCCUUUUUUCCCCGGAAGAUCUCUCAAAAUAUAUUUUAAAGAUAUCGUUGUCUUAUAAAAUUUUAGUAAGAUUCAAAAUAAACAAGAACUGCGUCAGAAAUUUUACUUCAUUUGAUCGGCCAAGCGUUGUCUAUACGCUCUCUAACGAUGCAUUAAAUAACCAGAGAAGACUUGAAACAUAACUUUUCAGGAGAACAGCUGGGAACCUUUGAAAGAAAGUGUAUUCUAUGGCCAGUCUGGUGUCAGUCUUUUCCAAGCUUUUUUCAAAUGGUUAUGCUUAUAGUGCAGGCAUAGUUCUCAUUUGGAUGUAAAGCUUUCUUAUCCUUUCGAAUCAGAAUAAAACCUACCUUUUACAUUGUA